AUGUCAUUCCUCGGUUUCGGUCGUCCCCAGCCCACUUCGGAGGAGAAGAUUGGUGCCGUUGAGGCGGAGAUGAAGCUUCUGGCCGAGAUGCACACCCGCCUCACGAAGGUCUGCGCAAAGAAGUGUGUGCCCAACGAGUACCGCGAGGGCGAGCUCAACAAGGGCGAGAGCGUCUGCCUCGACCGAUGCGCCGCAAAGUUUUUCGACGUCCACAUGAAGGUGUCCGAGAUGAUGCAGCAACAAGCGCAG